GUUCUUACCCUGGCUUGGCCACUUGUUAUCCUACUUCCUUUCCUCUUUCGGCGUUUCGUUUUCCGCCUCCCUAACGUAGGGUAGGAACCUGAAAGGGUGCAGAAGACAGCGUGGCGCAGCGACGGGGGCUGCAGGACUCGGGUUCAAAUCUCUCCUCUGAUGCUUACUACAGGUGUAAGUCAGUUUGCCUUUCUCCGCCUGUUUCCUCCACUAUAAAGUGAGGUAGGACUAGAAAUGCCUGCGAGCUGGGUAGGGCCAGCGUUUUUAUUUAUUUUCAUUCCCACAGGUGGAUAGAGCUCCAAUCCAUGAUGGGUGCCAGUUUAACGAUGCCUGUUUAUUCUGAGCUGGCAGGGAUCACGAGAGGUGCUCCCCACACUUCAAGCCCGCGCGUGCUCUGCUCUUCCUCCACCGCCCUCCUCCAUUCCCCUUAGGAAGCUAAACAAAUUGUAUUUGCAACCCUAAGUAAGGUUCUAGGCAUUAGCCUGGAACCCCGAGUUUUCUGAUUCUGCAAUGAGGAGGAAGGAUGCUUGGGGACGGAAAUGGGGGGGGGGAAGCGUAGCAUGAUGUGGGUUGGCCGCCUACAGAAAGUACAUCUAAGGCUGAGUCCCAAGCCCGUCCACUUCUGCCGGCCCGCGCCCCCUGACCCUUGCCGGGGCACAGUGGGGGGGGGGUGCAAGCCCAGGACCCACACUCCAACCAGCCAAGGCAGGAUCUCCGCGGCUGAUACAGGCUCCUCGGUCUCUGGGGGUCGCCCACGGAGCCCGACCUUCCCUUUCCAGCCGGGACCAACUGCAGAACUUGGGGCGCAGGAUUUCUGCAGGAUCCUGGGUCCCUCCCUCCAGACCUUCCUUCUGGGCUGUGUAGAAAACCCGGCCAACCUAGCAGAGCCCGUCGGAACUGCUCCACGAGGCUGGCAGGAGGUGACAUCAUUGAAGCCCAGAGAAGGUAGCUUCCAGAGCCCUUCUAUAUCCGUUGCCAUGGUAAAAAAAGGAGCCAACCGAUAACCAGAAAUACUCCUUCUGGAUUUGACAAGCUGCAGCAAUGUGUUCAUCCUUGGGGAGAAAUGGAGACUUGCUUAUCACAAGAUUAUAAUGGACUUAGAAUCAGAAGGGAUCGUAGAGAUUAUCUAGUCACGCCUGUUUCAUUUUACAGAGAAGGAAACUAAGGCCUAGAAGGUUAAGGGACCUACCUACGGUCAUAUAGCCACUAGGUGUCAAAGGCAGGAUUUGAACCCAUGUCUUCCUGCCUUUGAGACCAGUCUUUUAGGGCUGAAUUGCCCAAAUGACCUAUUCCACUUUGGAAAGAUAAUGGCUGCACCAUUUUAGGAGUUGGGCGAUGCUUAAGGGAAGAGGGACUCUUCGGUAAACAUUGCAGGAAUGAAAAAGCCAAAAACAGGCGAAGGUCAAAAGAGGAACAUUCUCUACUGAUAUUAAGGAGAAAAGCAUUCUGUAGUGGAAGGUCAGAUAGGAUUAUCUCUCUUCAGGAAUCCUUGUGAUUUAGAGGCAGGCUAUUGAUAAAACUUGUGACUCCUUGGAGGUCAGCAGAAGGAGCAGAGCUGAAAGGGCAUCGGGAAAAGUGGGCAACUGUGGCAUGUAAUGAGAUUCUUCUGGAAAUGGGGAAAGGUUCUACUGUAAUGAUAAGGAUAAUCAGGAGGGGAGGGAAGCAGCUUGGAAUCUAGAGGGGAAAACACAUGGAAGGGAGGGUGAGAAUGUGGUGGUGAUUCCUCAGCAUUACAGAGGAGGAGGAGGAGGAGCAGUUACAGCAUGCAGAGAGGAGUUUGUGAAAUCCGGAGAAAUGCAGACUCUCCAGGAGAAUAGAUUGUAAGAUCUGAGAUGUGGAGCUUGAAGGAAUCUCAGAGGCCCACUAAGGCAAGUUUCACCCCUUCCUUUUUCAGAUGAAUAAAAUGAGGCCCAGAGACAUUGAGGGACUUUCCCAAGAUCACAGGGCAGUGACACUGGGCCUAAAUCGCCUGACUCUAAAAAUAACCUUCAUUCUACUUAACCACAGAAUAGAUACAGUUACCCAGCUUUCUCUACUUGGCCUGAACAACAAACAAAUAAACAAAUUAAAUAAUGGAUAAAUAUAUAGAUAAACAAAUAGGCAUAUAGAUGAAGGAAUGAACUGAUUCAUAAAUGAAUGAACAAAUGAAGUAAGAAAAACUUUAAAAUCUGUUAAAUAGCAACUCAUUUUCUUUCUCUGCAGUUCUGCAUUCAAUAAACAGCAUUUCUGCUUUUUAGAAAGAGGCUUCUAAGGGCCAAAGAUCUUGAGAAGUAGCUUCCCUGGAAAGUUAUGUCCUCCUGUACAAAUUAAUUAAUUGAUAUUCUUUCAUGUCAGUCCCUGGGUUUCAUGGACUGGUUUUCCCAGGGCUUAUUCAGCCCACAAUGAGGUAAUUAUCAGCCUCUGGGGUUUCAGAGCUAAGAUGCCAGAUUCUGGCUGUGUGGAGACCCUACCAAAAUGCUACAACCAGCAAAGUUAUUUAGCUUACUAGUAAAAGCACAAAGAAUGCAGUGAGCUUUUCCAAAAAGUCAGACAGCUGAGGUUUAUAUGUAACAACAUCCCCUUCAAUCAUUCAACAGAAGAACAGAUGGAUGGAUAGAUAGAUCGAUCAAUGGAUAGAUAUGUAGAUGUAAUAUACCAAAUAGAUGUUAAACUUGAACUCUUUAAAUUGACAUUUUAUGUGCAUUGGUAAGCUAAUAUUACAGUAACCACUAAGUAUGUCUCUAAAGUUACACUGUAUAAUCUACAAUAGUUUCUAUAACCCUUGAAAAGAAAAAGAAACAGAAAACAUCUGGAAACAUGUCAAGACAAACUCUUUUCCCAGUGCUUAAAGAGCAGGGGUUUUAGUUACCAUAUGUGAGUCUUGAAGGAGUUUAGAAAGGUAGGAGGUUUAUCCGACAUCAUCUUUUUGAGAAUUUGCUUUCUGAUUCCCUCUUUCAUCCUUAAAUCCAACAUGGAUUUAAUUGGCAAAUUAAUUGUCAUGGAUAAUUGUCAAAAUUAUCAGUUUUGCAAAACCUUAACAAGGACUAUAGAGAAAGAAAGUGCAUCACUAGAUCUAACUUUAAUCCUUGCCCUGGUAAAGCCAGAUCUAAGCAUCAAGGCAUAUAGCCUUAAUGCAUGGGUUCGGGAGGUCUUUCUCCUUUGGUAAUUCCCAUGGGAAAAUGGGGUCCAUAUGGUAAGAUCAAGACCAGGUGACAUUCACUCAUGGUGCCAACAUAUUUUUAUCAUUUCCUAUAUUUACAGCAAUGAGAUUUUUAUUAACAAUGACAAUAUUUAGUGAUCUGACCCAUUUCGGUUAGCCAGGCAGCAAAAAAAGUAAGAAAUAAGGCAUUUCAUCUGCUUAAUAGAAAAUGAAAAUUCAUUCUUGAACCACAUUCACAGAUGCCCAGGAACAAAGAAAUAGUUACCUAUGCUAGACAUGCAUCCUGAAUUCACUCAUGUAACAAAGAAGCAUCUGAGAAUUGGGAACUGACAGGACAAUUGUCCCAAAUUUAUUACCUCUAGAGAUGUCCACAUAUCAAAACUGCAAAAACACGCUACUGUCAUUUCAAUAGCCCUCUUUUGCAUCUACCUGUGAGUACAGUGAUGGAAUGGAAAAGAUAAGUUUAGAAAAUGUACAGCUAUUUUGAGCAUGACCAAAUCUACUUUUUGCACAUGUUGAAUUUGAAAUAGAUUUAAUUUUCGUUAUGAAAAUCAAUUAAAUCACUAAAUUGGCUGCAUUUUAAAGGACAGUGCCCUUCUUUUAUUUCAGUUAAUAGCAGCAAAAAUUGCAUUCUUAAGGCAUCAGGGGAAUAAAGAGAAGCUUAUGGCUCUGACUUGAGUUCCUCAGAAGAUUCUGUUUCAGGGAGGGUGGGGAUGAAAAAUGUCAGAGCAUGGAAAACAUCUUAUUACUGCCCAUCUCCAAUGGCUAUAAUUCAAAUCAUGUCCCAGGUCCUGCCAGGCUAGGACUGGUGCCCCAGGAGGAGGGUCAAGGGUGGGCUAUUACAAUUGGUUGAUGGCUCUUAAGAACGAUGAUUUACCAGAAGAAUCUAUGGGCCUCUGACGAUAUCCCUUUGAUCAGACUUCUGAAAUCUUUGAGAUGGGCUUCAAGAAGGGCCUCCUGGCCUCCCUAUGUCAGGUAGUCUGAAGCUCUUUCAAGGAUGGCCAGCUCUGAUGUGGUUUCUAUUCCCUGGCUCCUGUAGGGAUCAUGGACUUUGAAUGAAGUCAUCAAGUAGGAUGUGCAUACAAGAAACAUUCAAGGGUAGAGACCACAGGGAGGUCAUUUUGUACCUAGAGCAAGGACCAGAAACUGGGCCUGGGACAUAUAACUAGUCCACCAUCUGGUAGUUUUCUAUUUUAACUCCUUGUCCUUGAUAACUAAGUGCUAAAUUUCUGUUUCUCUUUUGCUAAGGUAUAGGAGAAUGUCAACUUGAAUGUAAGUUCCUGAAGGGGUGUUAUAUUUUUGUCUUUAUUGCCCCCAGUACCUGACAUAGCACCUGGCCCAUACAAAGCAUUUAGUAACUUAUUGUUGAAUUGAACUGAGCUGAACUGGACUGAAAAUGUUGCUAGAGGGGGCAGCUAGGUGGGGCAGUGGAUAGAGCACCGAUCCUGGAUUCAGAAGGACCUGAGUUCAAAUCCAACCU